AUGGACACUCGGAAGUCUGGCAUUAUAUCUAUUUUGAACAAUGACGACAACCCCUCUUUUGCUGUUCGACCCAUAAAAAACGCAAAAUGCCGACCACAGACAGUGACAUAUACCCAUCAGCAGAUCCAGGCAUGCACCAUUACAGCGGGCUCAGCCAGCCCCCAGAGCAUUCCAUCUAUUACAAUCAUCAGGGCUCCAACAACACAGGUUGCUGGCACAUAUACUCCCACAAGCUGUCGUAACUCGCAGUACUUUCCGAUUGAAAAGCUGUCGAUUGGGAGGAUUACACACAGCGAGAUCCAACCUGGAGACCCUCCCUCACCACCAACUCCGCUUAGUACAUCGGGAGACACGCGAGCAGCGAAAGUCAGCAAGAAGAAUAAGUAUCCGUGUCCUUACGCCGUCUCGCAUUCUUGCACCGCAACUUUCACCACCUCCGGGCACGCUGCCCGGCACGGCAAGAAGCACACGGGCGAGAAGAGCGUCCACUGCCCAGUUUGCAACAAGGCAUUCACUCGAAAAGACAACAUGAAACAGCAUCGAAGGACACAUCGGCUGUCGAUAUCGAGUACAGCGUCGCCGAAAAGGAGCGACGAUGAUACCACUCCACCCGAAUGGAGUGGCAGUAACAAAAGCCAGUGCGACAGGGGUGAUUACGUCGGUCUUGCAACGCCAACUUCCCCAUGUACAGAGGGUAGACCGGAUGAUACCUUAAGCCAAUCCACUAGUCGCAGUUAUGGAGGACGGUCAUAUACUUCAAUACACGAGUCUACGCAAGCGGCUUCACGAACUGACGCUAUUACCAGAGGGCUGGAUACUCUGGCAGUUGCCGCGGAGAAAUCACAAAUUGACAGCUACACUCGAUGA